UUGAGUGUUAGCAGGCUAACUAGAGAAAGAAAGCUAACUAAUCGUGAGAGUGGAAGUGGAGCUAAACGAAAAGCCAACUGUCAAAACAGCAAGGGGAACAGAAUUUUAGUGAAGUGAUAAUUCUGUUUGAUGACUACAUGAAAAGAUUUAGACCUAGUUAAUCAAAGACCGUGUUUGUCAGAUGCCCGAGGAGCAUUUUGGAUACUACAUCGAUUGUCCCAUUUCCAAACGGAAACCAUUUCUGGACAGACAAUUCGUGCUAGCUAGCCUAGCUAAGUGAAUAAUCCAGGAGACUUUUCAUUGUCACCUAAAAACCCAUACUGAAUGUUUUGUCUGUCAUGAGUCCGGCCGGGUGCUCCCAUGUGAACGGUUAUAAGGUGGAUAAUUGGAAACAAAAUCUUCGAGUCAUAUACCAAUGCUUUGUUUGGAGUGGUACUGCUGAGACCAGGAGACGCAAGGCCAAGUCGUGUAUCUGUCACAUGUGUGGCGCCCACCUGAACCGACUCCACUCUUGUCUCUACUGCGUCUUUUUUGGCUGUUUUACAAAGAAACACAUCCACGAACACGCAAAAAACAAGAGACACAAUCUAGCAAUAGACCUAUUAUAUGGUGGAAUAUAUUGUUUUGUGUGUCAAGACUACAUUUAUGACAAAGACAUGGAGCAGAUUGCCAAAGAGGAACAGAGGAAAGCAUGGAAAUUGCAAGGCAUAGGGGAGAAGUACACGACGUGGGAGCCGACCAAGAGGGAGCUAGAGUUAUUACGACACAAUCCAAAGCGGAGGAAAAUCACUACAAACUGCACCAUAGGUUUACGAGGGCUAAUAAAUCUGGGCAACACGUGCUUCAUGAACUGCAUCGUUCAGGCUCUGACACACACACCACUGCUACGAGACUUCUUUCUCUCCGACAGACACAAGUGCGAGAUGCAAUCAAACUCCUGUCUGGUGUGUGAGAUGUCGCAGCUCUUUCAGGAGUUCUACUCGGGCCACCGUUCGCCCCACAUUCCAUUCCGGCUGCUGCACCUGGUGUGGACUCAUGCACGCCACCUCGCAGGCUACGAGCAGCAAGAUGCCCAUGAGUUCCUCAUUGCAGCAUUGGAUGUACUGCAUAGGCACUGCAAAGGAGACACUAUCAACGACAAUGGCAAGAAAGCCAACAAUCCAAACCACUGUAACUGCAUCAUUGACCAAAUCUUCACCGGGGGCCUGCAAUCAGAUGUUACCUGUCAAGUUUGCCAUGGGGUUUCCACAACGAUAGACCCUUUCUGGGACAUCAGUCUGGACCUUCCUGGCUCUUCCACGCCUUUUUGGCCCCUCAGCCCUGGAGGGGAUGGAAGCACAGUUAAUGGCGAAAGUCACCUGUCAGGAUCCACCACGCUCACAGACUGCUUGCGCAGGUUUACGCGACCUGAGCAUCUAGGAAGCAGUGCCAAAAUAAAAUGUGGUGGUUGCCAUAGUUACCAGGAGUCCACCAAACAGCUGACAAUGAAGAAGCUUCCCAUCGUAGCAUGUUUCCAUCUCAAACGGUUUGAGCACUCUGCUAAACUACGGAGGAAGAUCACCACGUAUGUUUCCUUCCCCCUAGAGCUGGACAUGACACCCUUCAUGGCGUCCAGUAAAGAGAGCAGAAUGAACGGGCAGUAUCAACAGUCGGUUGAUGUAUUAAACAAUGACAAUAAGUAUUCCUUGUUUGCUGUGGUCAACCACCAAGGCACAUUAGAGAGUGGCCACUACACCAGCUUUAUCCGCCAGCACAAGGAUCAGUGGUUCAAAUGUGAUGAUGCCAUAAUCACCAAGGCUAGCAUUAAGGAUGUACUCGAUAGUGAAGGGUAUCUCUUAUUCUACCAUAAACAGUUCCUUGAGUAUGAGUAGUCUUUGUGACCAAUGACCAUGAAGAACCACUUGCUUUUAAAUGAGGCAGUCAUGUGACUGGCGACAGGAUGAAACACACAAAGCUACCUGAAACUUUCUGACUACCAGUCUGCUCCUCCAGUUCUUGAGGAUGAAAACAAACAAACAAACAAAAAGAGAUGUGUAAAAUUACACAUACUUUCAAAAGAAAACAAAACAAGCACUGAGCUACUUCUUGGCAUCUACUUGACAAAACUGAAUAAAGAGGAGGAGGAGGAGGAAGGGUCAGGCACCGCCAGUUCCAGGCUUGGGCAGAGGGAAGAGGCUCCACACCCCGUCGCUCUCUCUCCCUUCCCCUUCCUGCUGCAGGGGCAGAGUCUGAGCGUGACCGACUGUCACGCCGAUUGGUCAUAUCUGGAUUUUUUUUUCUCUCACAGUAUUCUGACCCCACCCCCACACCCCACCCUCUGUCCCUCUCCACCUCCCACACACUCUCCAUCUCUCUCCCAUGGUGCUCUCAUUUCAGCUGACCAAGCAUUUAACUUAGUGAUGAUGGAGGACAGUAUGUUGUCAUAUGCAUAAAGGACUGAAUGCAAAAAAAAAAAAAAAAAAAAGGACAAAAAAGGAAAUAUAUAAAUCAGCGUAUUAUGAACUUUGCAAGAACAUUUUUAAACUUAUGGUUAUGAUUCUUAUCAUUUGUGAAUUUAGUUAUGAAAUACUGUAUGAAUCUAGUAUACAUCUAUUUUUUAUGGGCAAAGAAAUAAUGGGAGAGCUUGGAGACGCUGCCUUUGCCAGUAGCUGGGGAAGCGCUGCCAUGGAAACUAAACAGAUUUGGACCUGUGUGUUCUCAUGUUUCAUUAUUUACUGUGUUGAUUGUUUCAUUUUUGUUUUUUAAAGUCUGGCUGAGGGCAGGGAAUAUCUUAUUUUUUUAGCGACUCGUUGAAUUUUUGUUUACUUGUUUUCUUUUCAGUGUCUUUAAUUUUUUUUUAAUUGUUAUUUUCAGUACAUUCAUAUGUUUCUUGCUGUCCUGGUACUGGAAAUUUCUUUUUUUGUUUUGACGUAUUAUACUUUCAUUCUUGUGGAAUUGUUGGUAUAAUGAUGGUGAUGACUAAUUGGCUCACCUUUUGCUGUUUAGAAAGUGUGUAUGUUGAAUGUGAGCUUUGGGUUUUUGUACUGUAUGACAAGAAGAUUCAAUACACAAAACUACAGAUCAGGUCCUGUAAUAUGUGAGGCUGAUGUGUUCUCUUCGAGUUGAACACCUUGAAUGUUUCUGUGCAAAGGAAAAAAAGAAGCCCUGUUAACAGCACUGCAUGCGAUUGGGCUCUCAUGGUCUUAUAUGUGAAAAAUUGCCCUUAGUAAUGGCUCGAGGCUUGUUGCCCGUCAUGAUUUGUUUCUUCUGUACUUUUGGGUGAGAAGGCUGUUUGAGAUUUCUAGUGGAUUAAACACAUUGCACAUAUAUGGGCCCUGUGCGACCGCAGUCUGGCUCUGCAUCCAUCAGUAUUAAUCUUCUCCAUGGCAACUGUGGAUGGUGUAAACCAGUUUGGCUUACAGUAUGUCUUGCCUCUGCAAACCUAGUGUUCUAUUAAAUUGUUUGUCAACUCAGACUUUAGGUAACACACAUAUGUGUCAGGGUUUUGUGGUCACUGAUUGUGUGUAUUAAAAAAAAAUUGACGGAUUGAAACUUGUAUUUAAAAAAAAAAAAAAGAAAAGAAAAGAAAAGGGGGAAAAAAGAGGACCAGGGCCCUAACCAAUCACAAAGUAAUGCCACAUAAAGAAGAAAAAAAGGAACCCCUGUUUGUUUAGCUGCUCUAUUGAAAACCAACAUGCAUAUCCUUUGGUCUCCUGCGUAACCUCAGCUCGUAGACAGUGAGGAAUUUCUGAAGGGUGAAAUUGAAGACUUCUGAAAUGGUCACACUGUGGUUUUGUUCUGUGGUGGAGCAGUUGAGACCGCCCAAAGGACAUUCAGGGACACAGCUGAAACGAAAAGGAAGAGGAGAGCUUCAUUCGUUUCAGUGAUUAAACUCAGAACAAAACUGGAAUAUGGAUAUGCUGUCUGUCUCAUUUCUUUCUUUUUGUUUUUGUUUGCACAUUAAAAUAUAUUUUCAGAAGUGAA